AUGUCGUUUGGAGUAUCUUUAUCACAAUUAAUUACUAAUAAUAAGCCAAUUUCUACCGGUAUCCCAAUAUUGGAUGAACAAUUAGAUUCUGGGUUCCAACAACGAUCCAUCUAUGAGAUAUAUGGCCCUCCAGGUGUUGGGAAAAGAUUAUUAGGUCAACAAAUUAUAGAAAAUGCAAAUGAUGGAGAUAGGAUAUUAUGGAUAGAUACUUAUAACACUAUCGAUUUUAAGCAUUCCAAUGGUAAGAAUAGACAAAAUAAUAAUUUGAAAAUUCAAGAAAAGCAUAUUGAUUUCAUUCGGAUUGAUAAGGCUAGUCAAUUAAUUUAUUUUUUCCAAAAAUUAGCCAUAAAAUAUACCAUAAUUAUAAUUGAUCGUUUUUCUCAAAUCAUUACUGAUUAUUUAUAUACUUUAUAUUCUAAAGAGAAAAGUUUUGAAGUCAAAAAUAUCCAUGAGAUUAAAUGUAAUUAUCUUUGUGUUAUCUUCACAUUAUUUACAAAGUAUAAUAAUAAGAAUGAUUCUACUAUAAUACUAUUAGAUGAUUGUAUGAAUACUGGGUAUACACCAAUGGAUCUUCAUGGGAGUAAUUCUAAUUAUGAAGUAAUUGGUAAUAAUAAUUUUCUUGUUCAAAAAAACCAUUAUGAUAAUUUGGUAAUGAAUCCUGAUGAGAUGAAUGAUAAUUCCAAUAAACCAGCAAAUGUUCAAGUAUUAAGAAGUGGACUAGUAGGUAAUAUCGGAUAUGGUCCCAAGGAUUAUAAAUGGUUAGUAUUUUUAAAGAACCAAAUAGGAAUGUUUCGAGAUUGGAACGAUGGAGGGCAAACAGAAAAUAAUUCGGAUCUAUGUCGAAUAUUGUUGAUCAAUGGUACAGACAAAUCAAACUCAAAUUCCAUACAUGGUCAAAGUCCUAAUAGUAGACCUAGUAGUAGGGACAAGAACUAUCAUAGUAGAAAAGAAAAUGUAAUGGAUAAUAAAGUUGUUAUUGUCAUUAACCCCAAUACUGGUAGAUUUGAGGACAAAAUUCAUAUGAAACAGGUUACUAAAAGAACUAAUAAUGAAGAUUCAAGUGAUGAAACUGUUAACGAAGAAAAACUGGAAGGGGUAAAACGCGUUAAGACAAACUCUUCUAGCGUAGAUAUAGCAAACUUGGAUAUAGUUUCCGAUAAUAAUGAUAUUGUUUACGAUAGUGAAGGUUAA